AUGAAAUACAUCAGCCUCAUCCUCUCACUGACCGGCAUCUCCAUGGCAAAGGUUUGCGGUAACAUCACCGUAUCCAACCAGCUCGACAUCGACAUUCAAGCGGCGACCAACUGCACCGUCAUCGAUGGGGAUCUCGAGAUCCUGUCCGACUUCCCCGACCACUUCAAUCUCAACGUUAUCGUCGUCACCGGGAACGUGAUCGGAAGAAACCUAAACUCGCUCACGCUGGUCAGUAUUCCUGCGUUGGCGGCCAUCGGCGGGAAUAUGGAAUUGACGGGGAGCUUUUUUACUCCCUCUUUCCCCUCGCUGUGGAACGUCGAUGGAGACUUCAAGGUCCUUUCUACAAAUGAGAUUUAUUGCUCGAACUUUGAUGCUUUGGUGGAACGUGGUGGCGUGCAUGGCACUUUCGAGUGUCGCGAGGGGUGGGAGGUUUCUCCUGCUGAGGUCGGUCUUUAG